AUGACGGCCAGCUCGAAAAAAAAGAAGGACAAGAAGAAGGAUUUUCAGAAACCCAAAUUGAGGGUUGGAAAGGCUGCGCCCAAGGCCGCAAACUCCACAAGCACAAGCUUCAAAGCGAAAUGUAAGACGAACACCAAGUUACACGUGUAUCAAAAAGCUCACAAAGUCGCAGCGAUCUCCUUGAAGCAGCAGGCGCUUUCUGCGAAUGCACCAACAUUAGAAGCGCAGUGUGCCCACCAUCUGGGCCUCUUGGACCACAAGGCGGACAAGCAGCGACAGGAAUCGUUAGCUUUCCUCACGUCCGCCAUCACAGGCGUUGCUCCUGGAACUUCACUCCCUCAGCCAGCAUCGGUUAUCAUUCCUGCAGUACAGCGACUCAUUCUGGACCCGUCAAACGCUGUUCGGCAGCAGCUCCUCAAGCUCUUGAAAGUUCUUCCAGAGAACGAAGUCGCCACGCAUGCAGACCAGCUUCUGCUCCACACGAGAGCCGGAAUGACGCAUCUGUCUGCUGAGAUUCGGACAUUUGCACUAGAGGCCCUUCAAUGGCUGAUUAGCGUUGCAGGCGAUGAAGUUGUGAGUUGCGCUGGUGGAUGGGUGAAGAUGCUGAAGUGCUUCUUGAGCUUGCUUAUCUGGAAAACAGAAGGCGAGGGCAAGUGGUCUCAAGCGAAAUCCUACGGCAAGAAUGACGCAAAGCUGCAGGUGAAGCAGAUGGACGCUCUCACAGCUUUUCUAAGAGCUGGGCUGUAUCAAGCAGUCGCGACGGUUACGAACAACACCAGCUUCCCGCUGUGGCAAACUCAACACCACAUGCUGUCCGAAAGGUCGAGUGUUUACGCGCAGCUGAACCUGUUCAGUGCGACGAGAGACGAAGAUGCAGAAAUGUUCGAGGAUCGCGAGGAUCGACAGAGACUAUUCAAUGAUAGGGCUGAAGCGGCUGUCAUCGUAGGCCUCGAGCAAGCUCUCAAGGCUGGUGGUGAGAUGGGCCGUGCAGCUGCACAGCUGCGCAAAGUGGUCAGGGAUGGCAUGGCAGAUUUCCAUAGAGAGGAGUUAAUGAUGUGA